AUGGCUGCGCUGCUGCAGGUCGCCGACCUCUUCGACGCGCAGGCCGCCGAGGCCCCGAUCCACCGCCUCGUGGCUGUGCUCAAUGCCCAGGCCGCGCAGAUCCGCGAACUGCAGGAAGCGCUACGUGUUGUGCAGGCCACGCAGCGCCAGACGCAGGCCGGCUGCAGCGAGCUACGCGCCGCCGUGUCGCCGCUCCAUCCGCGCGUGCAAGCGACGGAGAGCGACGUCGCUACGUUGCGACAAUUCAAGGCUGUCGCCCAGCAGCAACUGCAAGCGAUCCGCCUCCAGCUGGAGACCAAGGCCGACCGCCAGGAGCUCCAAGACGCGGAGAUCCGAGCCAAAACGCGCUCGGAACAGACCGCCAAGGAGCUCCGCAGCGAGCUCGCCAGCCUGCAACUGGUGCAGUGUCUGCAGACCGAGCAGAGCGAGCUGCACGAGCGGUUGGAGACGGUUGACAGACGGUUGGCCGCCAAGAUGGACAAGUCGGAAUCUGCGCGGCUCGACGGCGUCUUGGUGCAGAUCCACGGCUUCCGACCGCUGGCCGCGCAGCUGUCGGCGCAGAUAGAAGAAAUGCUGGACGAGGCUGAAGAUCGCCACCGACGAGCGGUGGUUCCGCAGAUCCAGCGGCUCGAUGACUCGACGGAGCAGUUGCAACAGGCGCUGGAUCAAGCCAAAACGGCUGCGGCUACGAGCGAGGCGGCACUGCGCACGCUUUCGGCCAAGUUCCAUUCGAGUGCUGCGGCUUUCGCCGCGCAGCUUGAGCAGCAGUAUCAUCACUUUGAGGCCCCACGACAAGAAGUUGACGCUCAAUUCGCGGAUUUGAGGCGUCAAGUGGCCACGAAAGCUCCGGAUUCGGCGCACAAAACCCUCGCGUCGAGAGUUAAGGAGCUGCGCUCGCGGUGUGAGAAGUUGCAACAGCACGUCGAGCUUAGCACGCGCUUUUUGGACUGGUUCGCGCGGCGUGGGGAGGCGUACGAGCACAAUUUAGAGCUCGUGGAAACCCAACUGGGUCGUCUAGCAAUGACUUCGCAUCCUCAGAGUCGUGAGCCGUUUGGCGGCCAUGUCCGCUACCCACGAUCGCCCUAG